AUGGAGCUUUUGCAGCUCUUCAUCACCGCCUUAAUCCCAGUACUGAAAAUUCUCUUCAUCACUGUGCUUGGCUCAUAUCUUGCGCUUGAUCGCGUCAAUAUUUUGGGGGAAGACGCUAGGAAGCACUUAAACACGGUUGUAUUUUACGUAUUCAGUCCUGCCCUGGUGAGCAGCAACCUUGCGCGGACAAUAACACCUAAAAGCAUAGUUAAAUUGUGGUUCAUGCCGGUGAAUAUCCUCAUCACAUUUAUUGUUGGUUCGAUCCUAGGAUGGAUACUCCUCCUGUUAACAAGACCUCCUGCAUAUCUGCGAGGCAUUGUCGUAGGUUGCUGUGCUGGAGGAAAUUUGGGAUUCAUGCUCCUUAUUAUAGUCCCAGCAGUGUGUAAAGAAAAAGGGAGUCCAUUUGGAGCUCCUGAUGUCUGUCAUACUUUUGCAGUGGCUUAUGCUUCACUUUCAAUGGCGAUAGGAGCCAUGUAUUUGUGGUCCUAUGUGUAUAAUAUUGUGAGGAUAUCUGCAAAGAGGGGCACCCAAAAUGCCCACGAAUCUCCAGAGAGAUCCUCCACACCAAACCAAGUAAGUUGCACUGAGCCUCCGCUUUCUUCGAAGGAAUCUGAGGAAGUGGAGGACAAUGCUGCGGAUCAAUAUGCACUGCCCUGCACUGCUAUAUCUGAAGAAAACGCUAAGAUGACAAGUUUAGGUAAAGUAAUAAAGCAACGUAUUAUGAUGGUGUUUGGAAAGCUCAAUCUGAAAACAAUAUUUUCCCCUUCUACUACUGGAGCAAUGGUUGGUUUUGUGAUUGGACUCAUACCUCAGAUUCGAAAAACUAUUGAUAGGAGAUGGCGCUCCUCUACGGGUGGUUCAAGACACUGCUUCUUUAUUGGGUCUGUCAACUCCUCUCCAUAUGAUUGCAGAGACGCAGCCAUCCCAAGUCUUACUUUGAUAAUAGGAGGAAACCUACUUGCAGGUUCGAGAGGGCCAGGGAUACAGAAAUCUGUGGUUGUUGGCAUUAUCGUUGUUCGUUAUGUUGCCCUGCCUCUUGCAGGCAUAUUGGUUGUUAAAGGUGCAUUAAAAUUUGGGUUGGUGCAUUAUGAUCCAUUGUAUGUGUUUGUUCUUCUGCUUCAGUUUUCACUCCCACCAGCAAUGAACAUAGGAAUAAUGGCUCAAUUGUUCGGAGCAGGAGAAAAGGAAUGUUCAGUUAUCAUGCUGUGGGCUUAUGUUUUUGCCUCAGUAACGCUUACUUUUUGGUCCGCCUUCUUCAUGUGGCUUGUGGCCCGAAUGUGA